AUCCUUGAAGGGUAAAAUUAUAAUUAACCAUGAAAGGUUCCCACGGUCCCACCUAUUUUUUUUAUCCUACAAAUUAAACCAUUCAAAUAAUAAUUUACCCGCGCAAACAAAUAUGCAACCGAAAAAAACGACCAUCUUCCUGCACGUGGCAAAUCUCUUGCAGUCUUGCAUAGACAAGAAAGCCCAUUUAUCAGGCAAGCUUAUUCACGCUUACGUUCUUCGCAAUGGCCUUUUCAAUGACACCUUCCUCUCCAAUCGGCUCAUUGAAUUUUAUUCUAAAUGCAACAACCCAAAAUCUGCACAACACCUGUUCGAUCAAAUGCCGCGCAGAGACAUCUUUUCUUGGAACGCAAUCUUGAGCGCCCAAUGUAGGGCCCAAAAUUUAGAACUCGCGUCUAAGUUGUUCGAUGAAAUGCCGGAAAGAAAUGUUGUCUCAUGGAAUAAUGUGAUUACCGCACUGGUACGAAAAGGGUUUGAAGAAAAGGCAUUGAGGAUUUAUAGUCGGAUGACUGAGGAAGGUUAUUUGCCUACCAAUUUCACAUUGGCGAGUGUUUUGAGUGCGUGUGCUGCUGUGUUGGAUGUUGUGCAAGGGAGGAGGUGUCAUGGCCUGGCGGUUAAGAUUGGUCUUGAUAAGAAUAUUUAUGUGGGUAAUGCUUUGUUGUGUGUGUAUGCUAAGUGUGGGUGGACAAAAUGUGCCGUUCGAGUUUUUGGGGAGAUGGAUGAGCCUAAUGAAGUUAGUUUUACCACAAUGAUGGGUGGGUUAGCGCUGACAGAUAGAGUUGGUGAGGCUCUGGAGAUGUUUAGGUUGAUGUGUAGGAAAGGUGUUUGUAUUGAUUCUGUGUCGCUGUCUAGUGUUUUGGGUGUUUGUGCUAGAGGAGGAAGCAGAGGGGAUUCUGAUGGUUUUGUUGAGAAUGAUGAUGGGUUUUUCAGUAAUGUGCAUGGGAAACAAGUGCACUGUCUUACAAUUAAACUUGGGUUUAAAGGAGAUCUUCAUUUGAGUAAUUCGUUACUUGAUAUGUAUGCAAAGAAUGGGGACAUGGACAGUGCUGAAGUGGUGUUUGCUAAUCUCUCUGAAGUCAGUGUUGUUUCUUGGAAUGUUAUGAUAGCUGGGUAUGGCCAGAGAUAUGAAAGCAAGAAAGCUGUUGAAUGUUUGAAAAGAAUGCAAGUUGGUGGCUUUGAACCUGACGAAGUCACUUAUAUUAAUAUGCUUGCAGCAUGUGUCAAGUCUGGGGAUAUUGAAACCGGACGAGAAAUGUUUGAUAGCAUGUUGAUUCCUAGUGUGAGUUCAUGGAACGCUAUGAUCUCUGGCUAUUCCCAAAAUGAGAAUCACAAGGAAGCUAUAAAGCUGUUCAGGGAAAUGCAGUUUCGAGGGUUGCAACCUGAUCGGACUACUUUGGCUAUUAUCCUCAGUUCUUGUUCAGCAAUGGGGUUUUUGGAGGCUGGGAAACAAAUCCAUGCUGUCUCACAGAAAGAUGACUUUCAUAUUGACAAUUUUGUUGCCAGUGGACUAAUAGGUGUUUAUUCAAAGUGUCAGAAGAUAGAAUUGGCAGAACUCAUAUUCUCUAAAAUGCCUGAACUGGAUAUCGUCUGUUGGAACUCUAUGAUUGCAGGUUAUACGCUCAAUUCUCAAGAUAGAGAAGCUUUGAUUUUCUUUAAGCAAAUGCGAAAAAACGAGAUGUUUCCUACUCAAUUCUCUUUUGCGACUGUGUUGAGUUGUUGUGCAAAGUUAUCUUACUCGUUUCAGGGCAGACAGGUUCACGCUCAAAUUGAGAAAGAUGGAUGUGUUAAUGAUGUCUUUGUUGGGAGUGCACUUAUUGAUAUGUAUUGCAAAUGUGGUGAUGUAGAUGGAGCUAGGAAGUUUUUUGAUAUGAUGCAUGGCAAAAAUUCUGUCACUUGGAAUGAGAUGAUACAUGGAUAUGCUCAGAAUGGAUAUGGAGAUGAGGCUAUAUGUCUCUACAAGAACAUGAUUGCUUCAGGUGAGAAACCUGAUGAUAUAACCUUUGUUGCUGUUUUGACUGCUUGCAGCCACUCGGGACUGGUUGAUGCAGGGGUUGAAAUCUUCAAUUCCAUGAAGCAAGAACAUCAUCUGGAGCCGAAGUUAGAUCACUAUACAUGCAUGGUGGACUGUCUAGGUAGGGCUGGUCGUUUCCAUGAAGCAGAAAUGCUUAUAGAUGAGAUGCCAUAUAAAGAUGAUCCAGUUAUAUGGGAGGUUCUUUUAAGUUCUUGUCGAGUGCACUCUAAUAUAAGCUUAGCAAAAAGGGCAGCAGAAGAACUCUUUCGCUUAGACCCAAAAAAUUCUGCUACUUAUUCACUUCUUGUUAACAUCUAUUCUUCUCUAGGAAGAUGGGAGGACUUGAGGGCUGUGAGACAGCUAAUGAAUGAAAAUGAUGUUGUUAAGGAUCCAGGAUAUAGUUGGAUUUAAUAUAAGAAUGUGAUGUAAGUCUUUACUGUGGUCAUGACCAGAGGACUAAGGGCGAUCAAAUCAGAAAUCACAUUAUUAACUGAACAAGACUUGGCACUGCACUUUUUACUGGUUACAUCUGAUUUUCAAGGUGAGAUGGUGAGAUUGAUGUGAUGAAAUCUAGGUGUGCGUCUGGAGCUGGUUUCUUGUUGUCUUUACUGCAUUAUAAAUUUCAGUACAUUCCAGAGCCACAUUGGAUGGUGAUCUGCCCUUGUGCUGACUUGGGAAAAGCAGAUUGUAAUGUUGAUGAGGAAGAAGAGAUUGCCGCAAAAUAAAAUUCAUGCAAUCCUGGAGAGUUGUUUUGCUCAUCUCGGGUGGAUAUCACUGUGAGCUCUCAUUGAGUUACAAUUCGGUUACCCUCUUUCUUCUUCUCUCUUUAAAUUAUGCAGUACAAAUAAAGUUUUAGGGUAGAUAAGAUGCUUUUAUACAUGUUCAAUUAGGGAAUAUUUGAAUACCUCGUAAACUUUAAUAUGCCAUCCUGAUAUUGACAAAUACAAGCUACAAGACCUGAACUGUGGAAAUUGAUUAUUUAAGAAAACUCUCUCAAGGGCAAUCUAGAAAUUUCCAUCCAAAUAAACUUUAAGUUUAAAGAUUAGAAGCGAUAAUAAGACCAUUUAUAUAGGCCAAAUACAAAGUGGUGCAAUCCAUAAUACAAUCUUUGACCACUAGAACAAAUCCAUAAUCUAAAUAGCAAACGUUAGAACUAGUACAAAAGAUGGAUCUCAAUUCAAAUUCAAAUAUUUUAUUACGAAGAGAGUGAAUAAGUAGUCGAUUAGGAAAGUCAACCUUGUCUUUCCCCAAAAUUGAUUUCAAACUAAAUUUAAAUAAAUUAUCAUCAAAUGAGUGAACAAAUAGUGGACUAGGAAAGUUCCUCAUAUGUUUUUUUUCCAAAUAACAUAACUUUGUCCUGUUUGAGCAUGAUAUAACCCAAAGUUGGAUUUGGGCUAUUGGAGUUACCCAAGACUUGAGUUGGAUGGAUAAGACCCAAUUAGAGUUAAUUGGCUUUGUCUCGCAUGCAUUGAAGAAUAUAUGUUGAAUUAGUGUUUACAGUAAUAUCUUUUAUCUUUUUUGGGUCGAAUAAAGAUUUGUAGAUGAUUUUGGCCUUGAAUCCGCAUCAAGUAUAGUAUGUUGUUUAUGCCACGAAGAUCUUCAAACAAAAUACAAUUACUAUUGUCUUGAUCUUACUCAUAUGUCAAUGGAAGAAGAAAAGAAAAAUGAAGACAAAGCAUAGCAAAUCUAAGAGAUAGAUAACUUUAUUGUGUAAUUGUAGUUUUUUUCAUGGUUUUAAAAAUUGGAUCGGAUUAGUUGGUCUGACCGAUUAAACCCUCACUUG